GCUUUUGAAUUUGUAAUUUUGUAUAAAUCGUGUGGCAAAGUGGUAAUUUGAGACCAUCAAACUUCAAAGGGAACGUAAUUGCAGAAACCUCCCAACGAGGGCGAGGAGCCACAGAGCUGUGAAUCGAUUCACAUUCAAAAAUGGAUGGAAAAGAUGAUGGCAAGCAAAAUACUGCUGACAUGACACAGUUUGUUCAAACCCUCCUCCAGCAGAUGCAAAACAGAUUCCAAACGAUGUCAGACUCGAUUGUUUCAAAGAUCGAUGAGAUGGGAGAAAGGAUAAGUGAGUUGGAGCAGAGCAUCAACGACCUUAGAGCAGAGAUGGGAGCUGAGGGCUCUCCACCUCCUGCGGCACCAUCGAAGAAGCCUGAUGAAGGUUGAAUAAAAWUUUCCAAGGGGUUCGGUUCCCAUUAUCCAAAAAAAAAAAACUUAUGAAGGUUCUGCAUAGCACUUUCCAGAUCAAAUACCCCUCCCUAGACAAAUGAGAUCCGGUUUUGUGCGUAACUUUUGUUUUCAUUAUCACAUACCAGAUUAGAAAUUUAAAAAUGGUGAUAAUAUCUAUGUUAUUUUUGGUAUUCUUGUUAUGCUGCUGGUUUAGGAUGUUUGAACAUGAAUACCCCUUUUCAUUAUUUGGAGUUAUCAUCAUACAUAAAUACAUAAUGAUACUUAAAAGYGUA